AUGCUGAUGCUGAUCCCCGUGGCCGCCAUCGACACCUUCGCCGCCGUGGCCUGCGCCCAGCCCCUCAAAGACAAGCUCGACUCCAUGGAGUCGGCCAUCAGGGGCGCCAUCACUGCUUCAGUCUCCUCGGCGAUGGGCGCGGCCACGGGCUCCAUCGCUGCUGCCAUCGCCGCGGCGCAAGCUAGCAUCAACGGCCUCUCGAGCAAGAUCGAACAAGAGCUCGGCCUCGCCGUGGGCCAGCGGGCCGACGCCGCCCGCAAGUCCUUCCAGCAGCAGUUCGGCGCUCUUGAGGUGGCCAACAAGCAGCCGGUGCAUGAGACAUUCGAGGGCCGCGACUUCGACGGAGACGUUGGCAAUGGGUCUGUGGAGCUGCGGGUGGGGCCUGACAAGUGCCCCGAGCAGAUCAACGCGGAUAUCAUCGGCGAGCGGAUCUGCCAGGCCCUGGGGCGGGCCUUCCCCAACCGCGCCUGGAGAGUCGACCGCGCCAAGGGCUGGAUCUCGGCCAACUGGUUUCCCGUGCUCUCUUUGACGGUACAUCCCAGACGUGUUGAAGCUACGGCGAUCGCCUACCAGGACACGGGCCUCCCUGCUCUGGGCAUCAGCCGCGCGCAGAUCAAGGGCGCCAUCAGCGAUGUGGUCACGCCCGAGGUGGCCCUCCAGUCUCAAUGUGGUGGCGAGCCCUUCCUUCCUGGGCGUGUUCUGCGCGCUUUCUUCCAGGCCGACGGCCAGGGGCUGAUCUUCUACGACAUCCACAACUACGAGAUCAACAAUGCGGCGGUCAGGCGCAUCUCGACCAAGAUCAGCGGCGACGCGCGCCUCGCAAAGGCCGGCCCGAGCAAGAUCGUGCUCGUCGUCAUCGGGGACAUCAACUUCGCCGCCGUCGGGGAGCUGAAGCUCACGACUCCUUCGCUCAUGCUGGAGCGCAAAAACAUCCUCGACAUCAGCAGUGACCGGAUCAAGCUCGUCGACUCUGCCGCGUUCGAGGAGUGGGCCAGCGCCCUCUUCCGCCAUGGUGCCGACCAGCGGCGAGCCGCCAUCGACCUGGCACGCCAGCGCGGGCGCCUCCCUCAUGCCCAAGCUCGCGCCCAGUCCCAAGCACUGCACCACAAAGUCCAGCUCUGGAACCCGAUCAGCAAGCGCUUAGCGCUCACCGGUGUGAAGACGGCUACGGGGACUGUGACGGGGCCGACUGAGAGAUUGCAGAAGCUGAUCGAGCAUUGGCAGCCCGUCUUCCAAUGCAAGAUUGUGGACACCGUGGCGGCGGAGCACUACCUCGACUGCUGCGCGCCCAAGAUCGACUUCAACAGAUACCAGCCUCCCAAUGUCGACGCGCUCAAGAGGUCGCGCGAAGCCAAUGCGACGGUCGAGGUAUUUCCUCCCGAAGGGGAAGAGCCAGACGACGCUGAACACAUCGGCUGCCGCCGUGACCCUUCAAAAGUCCGUGUCCUGGGGCUUCGGAACACCUCCCUCAAGAUCAUCGGCAGCGCGAUGAACGCUGCGAUGGCCGCGGUGGCUGUCGACGUGGUCCCAGCAUCGCAGCGCGGGUUCAUCCGCCGCCGCAAGUUCGGCUGCAACAUCCUCGAGCUGGACGUCGAGAGCCGCAUCGCGUCCGCCGACCCCAACGCCGUGACCAAGCUGCUUGUGUUGGUGUCGCGGGACAUCGCGCAGGUCUUCCCGAGCUUAGCCCGCCAGUUCAUCCGCCUCGCGCUGAAGGUGAUGGGGUGCGGGUGGAGCGGCGCCCUCUGCGCGAUGGGCGCCUCCUGCUUCCUCCUCGACCUUGAGCAGAAGCUUGACCUCAGGGGCCACGGGCUGCGCCGCGCCUGUGCCGAUGACCUCGGGCCCGUGUUCGCUGCAGUCACCCAUCUCGCGCGCUUGGCGGGGGUGAUGGCCCUCGUGGAAGACCUCGCGGGCCUCGCGCUGAAGCCCGCCAAUUGCCGCGUCAUCCCACUCGCGGGCCCUCUCGAUGACGAGCUCGUGAACAAGCUGCGCAGCGCCCUGGCCGUGGUUGCCCCCCGCUUCCAGGAGUUCAACAUCUGCGACCGCUUGACCUACCUCGGUCUUCUUCUGGGGCCCGGGGCGACCGAGUGCUUCUGCUUAGCCCAGUAUGUGAUGCUGCCUCGCGAGUCCUUUAAAGUCGAGAACUGGGUCAAUGCCUCCGUCUUGAGGUUCCACAACGGUGCGUCCAGGGUCAAGGGCUGGCCGAGGCUGCGGAACUGGGGUGUGCGUGCUCCAAGGUCCAUGCAGCUCGCGCAGAUUGCCGCGAUCGUCCGAGCUGCUACUGCCACCUUCCACAAGUUCCCCGAGAUUCGCGAGCGCCUGCACCAGGGCCUCGACCAGCACGGAGAUGACCAGACUCUGUUGGGCGCGGCUCGGGCUGCCCAACAUCUCUCACCGCCCUGGUGGAAAGCGCCGCCCUUCGUCGAGACGUUCCACCAGCUCGUGUCCGCGGAGACGGGCCGCCGCUACUACUCGUCCAGGUUGCUGGCCCGUGCCCUUGAGGCCGCGAGGGCGUCGCUCCAAGCAGGCAAGCCUACCCGCGUCCAGCGGCUGGCGUGCGCUGCGGCGAGGCGCGCGAUGGGCGCGGACGAGAUUGGCUCGUUCCUGAUGAAGCGGAUCAAGGUCGAGCUGCCCGACCUUGAGGACAUCUUCGUGAACGACUCUGAGGUGUUCGGCAGGGUGAAGAUCGCUAUGGAGAAGUUGCCGCCGUCGUGGGCAGCGACAUGGAUGAGGGCUCUGUCCUUUUCGUGGCUGACAUCAAACAGGGUCAUCUAUGAGUGUGGGCGCAGGCCCUGUAUCUUCCAGUGCACCGCUGGCGCAGACAACGAGAAUCACUACCUGACGUGUGGCCCGCUGGCUGCUGCUGUGGCGGCAGCGACCAGGUCCGCCGUCCAGACCGAGGCGGUGGCGAACCUCGCGCUGCUGGACAAUAGCAAUGAGAACAUCGAGUGGGUGGUCGUCGCGUGCGGCACCUACCACACGCUCCGCAUGGAGAACAGCGUCGACCUUGAGACCCUGCACUCGGCGGCGAGGGCGGCGGUGCGUGCCUCGCGGACGAUGCGCUGCCCGCCCGUGUGCAGCGUGCUGCUCUUCCCCGUGCUGGCGGAGUGCAUGGAGCUCCUGCGCAUCCACAUCAUCAAGUACACGUACCUCGAGCGGCCGCUGCG